UACCAAAAGUGGAUCGGGGCCCGUUUUUGGAUCAGUUUGAUUUAUGGAGCCCGUAACAGCAUGACAGCUAACGCACCUCACGUAUCUUUUUUGUACUACUUUAGGCAACAUUUUUCACCAGGCACCUGAUCGCUCAACGUAUCUCCGGCCUGUGAAUCAUGCUUUUUAUCAGUUCGCGACGAAAAUAACGAAAAAUCGCGAUUUUAGUUUUACUGUGUGACAAAUAUUGUGAAAUUGAGUUGGUUAUUAUUUGAAAAAAUCGUUUUCUGGUGGUUAUCAUUGUUCAAUGUGAAUGUAGAAACCCGUUUAACCAAAAAAUUGUUGUCCAACAUCAUUUCAGUUUGAUUGCGGCACUGUAUGUUUGAUUGUUUUGAAAAAGUGAUAUUGACCUCAAUUAAUCACAUUGGUUGCUGAAAACAAUCAUGAGUUAUACGGAGGAAGAAUUGGAGCAGGCGGUCAGCCGAGUCGUAGAUGGAGGUAUGGGUCUGAGGGAAACUCAAAGGGCAUUCUCAAAUAUACCGUAUGGAACAUUACAACGUCAUGUCAAAACGCAAUGUGGAAAAAUAACCAAACCGGGAAAAAAACCUGUGCUUGAUGAAAACAUUGAAAAUUUAUUGGUUAUAGCAAUAAAAGAACUUGCUCACGUCGGAUUCGGACUAACUCGAAAAGAGAUUUUGUUAGUUGCAAAAGAAAUUGAUGAAAAACAAGACCAUCCAGUUUUCAAAAAUGAACUACCCAGCAAUAUGUGGUUUACACGUUUUUUAGACCGCCACAAGUUGAGUUUACGAAGUACAAUGAGCAAAUCAUUGGCGCGAUUAGAGAUGGAGCUCCCAGCAAUCCGGGAUGAAUUUUUUGAAGCCUACGCAAAAAUUCGAAACGAUUACAACAUAUCUGGCAAAGAUAUAUAUAACGAAGACGAAACCGGGAUUCAAUUUGUGUGUAAGUCACCGAAAACAGUGGCUAAGAAAGGUGAGAAGUACGUGUAUGCUAGAAAAAGUGGAGAACGCAGUGUGAACAUAAGUAUAGCGAUGUGUUCAAAUGCUCUCGGUUCC